AUGUCACAAACCAACGCGGAGAAGCACGGUUCGUCCCCGAAAAGACGAAGAUCAGACGGAAGCAUCAGAGACGACCAAAUCUGGCCCAUGGACGACUUCAAGGAUGGUCUCCUACCAAAGGGCGAUGGACAAGCUUCAAAAGCGAGGCGACAAAUGGACAUGCUCAGACGACGAAUUGCGGCAAUUGAAGUACACAAAGCGGGGCAGGAAGGUGGCCUCAGGAAGUGUUCAAGCAGUGUGGAAGCAGAAGGACCGCAGUUGAGUCACAAGACUGAACGCCGCAUUCUGGAGGAGGACAGCGCACACUCAAGAGAUGGGGAUAUCAUUGAAUUGGAUACGGGUAGGGAUUUUGGGUAUGGGCUCAGCUACAAUACUUGUACUCUGCCGGAAUUAUUGGGUGUGGCUCAACUCUACGCCAAAAUAGCCAACCUGCUUCUUGUACGGACCAAAUUAAGACAUGAUCAUUCCAUGUAUGGUUAG